AUGGUUGCACACAUAAAGAAUGUAAUAUUGAUUUAUGUCAAACAUGUCUACCAAAUAAUAAGCAUGAACAUCCUCUUGUUGAAUAUCUCAUGCCUAAAAAAACUUAUUCAUUAGAAGCACUAUUUAAAUCAGUUCCUUAUUUACUUAAUCCUAAUAAUGAAGAAAAAAUUGAAACAAAAACAAUGUGGCAAAAUGAUGUUAAAAGUGUUGGAUUUUACUUUUCUGCUCAUUGGUGUCCACCUUGUCGUGCUUUUACUCCGAAAUUGGCAGAACUUUACAAAACAGCACAAGAAACUUCUCAUGCUUUUCGUAUUGUUUUUGUAUCAUGUGAUCGAGAUGAAGAAUCAUUUAAUAGCUAUCGUGCAGAAAUGCCUUGGCCAGCUGUUCCAUUAAAUUCAGGUGCUCUUCUUAAGGAAUAUUUUCGUUAUUCUGGUAUUCCAUCAUUGUUUAUUAUGUCAUCCGAUGGAAGUGUUUUGUCUCGUCGUGGUCGUGAUGAUGUUUCAAGUAAAGGAAUCGAAGCAUUGAAAACAUGGGCACGAGGAGAAAAGUUACCUGCUCCUUUGCCAGAAGAGUUCGAGUGGUCCCGUGUCUCUUGUGAUGGAUGUAGUAUGGCUCCUCUUGUUGGUCAAAGAUAUCGUUGUUUAACAUGUGGUAAUUAUGAUCUAUGUUCAGCAUGUGAAAAGAAAGGACAUGAACAUCCACUUGAACUUGUACCACAACCAACCGAAGACGAUGAAGAGUAA